UUCCUGCUAGCCGCCGCCGGCCGGCCGGAGAGAAAGGAGUGCGCGCGGCCGUGACGUGAACGGCGGCGGCAGAAGGACAACAAGCGUCGAUAGAAAAGGAACCGGUUUGCUGUUGCCUCUUGUGCGCCUCAGCGGACGCUGAGACAUCAGUCGCCAGUAUGCCGAUAGCCAGGAGGGCUUGGAUCAACUGGAUCGUCGCCCUGCAGGCUCUGGCGGUGGCGAUCGUGUUCACGUGCUCCAGGGAGUGCCUCUGUGUGCCAAUCGUAACGCCGUCCAAGGGCAGGACUCGCUUCGCGAACAUCUCCAUCCACAAUAACCAACCGCACCGCAAGCCUCUGCCCAGUGUGCACAAGCUCAACACUUCUUGCCUUCAGGACAACAGCUUCUGCGAGACCCUCCCUGGCUACCCAAAGGAGCUCGUGACGAGCGUGAUGACGCUCCGCGGUGCGCCAUUCCGGAGCUACUUUGCGGAGGUGGACCGCGACGAGGCCCUGCUGGACGACCUGGUGCCGCCGUCGUCCGAGCAGCGGGUCCGCGUGCCCUUCGGCAGCGACGUGGACGAGGCGCAGGUGUGCGACGUGCGCGUGGAGGUGCGCUACCCGCGCUUCGGCGUCGACAAGGACGGCGACAUGCGCCUCAUCGUCAACGAUGGCGGCGACUUCAAGCAGCCCGUGCGCGUCGAAGUCUGCAGGAACGAAGGCGGCACUUGCGACCGGAUCCACGACAUGCUGCCGGCCGGUCACUCGACCCGCUGCGCCACCAAGUACGUGAACCGGGUCCUGGUGGCGCUCUUCACCGAGGACAACCGCGUCGAGCCCAAGCCCACCAAGUUCGCCUUCCCGGCCGCCUGCGUCUGCUACGUGCGCACCUAUUACUACCCGAGCAAAGUGUGAACAGGGCCACGCCAAGCGCCUCUGCACGCCGCUGAUGAUGGACUGCACUUGGCAGCGCGUUCGCGGUGCGCGGAGAUGUUGCGGCCAAGUAGGCACGAAGCCAACGAGUGGCCGGCCUUGUGCCGGUGUGCUAGGACCACGGCAGCUACGCCGAACCGCGCUCCGUUUCGCACGGACUAUGUCGGCUCCCAGCCGCAGGCCCAUAGCGUACGACGCUGGUCUUGACCAAGUCUUCCCUUCCCGGUGCAAUGUUUCCCCGCCAGACACGCCUCGCCGAGUGACCAUUUCAUCUCGGCAGCGCUGUACUCACGGCAUACCUUGCCUUUCUUUUAUUUUUUCUCGUUCCGUUUCUUUAUAUCUUUUCAUGGCAAAGAGUAUGUGUUCUUGAGUGUAUAGCGCGAAUGGGGCACUUUAGAGUCCAAAGUUCCCUCGCGAUGUAUCUUGGGCGUGGAUGCAAGGAAACAAUUAUAGUGAAAGGCAGAAUUCAUCAGAGAGAGCAAAAGGCGGGACGACUGGUGGACUUGCCGUCCUUUAGAAUGAUGGACAUAUGCUGCCUACGUCUUCCUGUUGCGUAAGGGCCCCCACCGCUGGACUCGGGGCUAUAGAAAAACAGCAAUUAGAUUGCUGAAAUACACGCAUGAUGUUUUAUCAAAAAUGCAAGCACACACUGUGCAGCAGGCUCUAGCAGUAAAAAAAAAAGAAAAGCUUAAGUGGAAAAAGGUCGCUCGAUAUAAGGCUUGCAUGGUGAUACGCAAAAGCCUAAAUAAGCACUUAUUGAUUGUUUUAGGCCUUUUUGUUUUUGUUUCCUUGUAAGUAUUUUUUUACUCCUUUUUUUUUUACUGCUGGUAGGAUCGUUAGUUGGGAACCGGUGUAAGGGGUGCUUGCCCUACGGGCUUCCUGCCAGAUUUGCUCAAGACAUACGCCAAUCUGUCGCUCACUUCAAAUAGCGAGGGGGAAAACAUAAAAGGAACCUUAGUGAACAAAGUUUUUCAGUUGAUUUGUUAUUUUCAUUUCUUCUUUUAUUUUUGCCUGUGCCACUCUCGAGAUUACGUAACAUGAGGGUGGGAAUACAGGCGAAAAAGACGAAGGAGGGCAUGACGACAAUAAACGAGCAGCAGAUAAUUACGUAAUAUAACGCAUUCGUAAAAAACAAGAUAAACCAAUUUUCUUUACAGGGGUCAGUUCGUGCUCCCUUCCUUUUUCUACCAUCAAUACUGAAAAGAUCUUGGCGCCUCAUUUUCAAAUCACUGUACUGCAAUAAACAUUGCUUCAUGAUGAA